CGUGUUGAAUUUUCGCACUCUCCUUUUCGUAAAUAUUUACUAUUCUGAACGUGAUAACCGGAGCUACUUGGUGUUUAGUUAUUUUUAAUUAAUUGAAAUGGUUAAAGUUAAACGUAAACAAAAUGAUCAGAAAAUUCAGCCGGAAGUAGACGACAGUGGCUCCGAUUAUGAUGUGGAACGAAAUUUCAAACCAAUAUCUACAGUGAAAACAGCAAAGGAGGAAUUCCCACUGCCAAAGAAACUGCGGAAAAGCGUGAACAAAAAAGGCAAUGGUGACUCUGAUAGUGAAUCGGAAGAGCAAACGAGCAGCAGCGAAGACAGCGAUGAUGAUGUAAACUUGCCAACAUUGACCAAAUCACAAUUGGAAGAUAUUCUGCGAACGGUUAAAAGUAACAAACGGCUGGUGUUGAACGUUUCAAACGUGAACUUUUCCACCGCUAAGGAGGAAAUCGAGGAGCACUUCCGGAAAGCAGGUCGGGUGAAAAGUGUUCGCAUCCCAAAGCGAAGGGCAUCAGGCUUCGCAUUCGUUGAGAUGCUUGAUUCUGACGGAUUUCAGAAAGCAUUCCUUCUGGACGGUAGCUAUCUCGAUGGCCGGCAGAUUCGGGUUCGCCUGUCCGAAAGUGGGAAGAAAAAAUCUCACCAGAAGAUUUUACUGCUCGAAAAGAAAAAUGCUGAGAUUCGCAAGCUGAGGAAAAAAAAUCGAACAAAACCGGAAGCGGUAGAUGUGACGUUGUUUCCGAAGGUGCAACCCAAAGUGAUCGAGAGGGAUCCGAUAUUGGACAAGACAAAAACCAAGCCUUACACUAAAAAACAGAUAAAAGUUCACAACAAACGAGUUUCGAUGAAGGCCAAAUUUAGUAAUCUGGCCAAAAAAGGAAUAAAAGUUUAAAUCAAUAAAUACACUGUAAUAUCUAA